AUGAGGGAGCUUUGGGCCUUUUUGGUCCUGUCCAUAUGGAGUCUGCUCCUAUGGAGCGACCACGGCUUCGCCAAACCAGUCAGCCAGAUCCUGGCAGCCCGGCAAAACCGUCUAUCACCCAGCCAAGAGGCAAGCCACUUCCCAACACCGGCCCUGCUCGAGCACGACAAGAGGUCACCAGGCGGUUUUGUCUCCAAGCUACCCGGUCUGGGAAGCGACGGCCCGAAAUACGUGUUCCGAGGCGUCAGGGGCAUGCCGCCAGCCGAAAUCAAAAGGAGAGGCGGCCUGCUGCCCAACAACGGCAACCCACGGAGCCUGUCGUCCGACGCGUACAAGCUGGUCCACCACCUGCACGACGCCAAAAACGUCCACGGCAAGGACUCGGCCUACGUGUCGACGACGACGUCGUUUGAGGUGGCCGCCUGGUUCGCCCAGCCGGGCGGCUACGUCUACGUCAUCAAGACGACGCCCAACAUGGUGCCCGUCGAGUCCUCGGUCGUCCCCUACCCGCUCCGCUGGGAGAGGGAGUACUCGGCCCUGGGCGGCGUCGUGUUUGAGCAGAUCGCCGAGUGCGUCCAGCUGCCGGCCAACAUGAAGCCUGAUUUCAUCGACGUUGUCAAGGCCAAGGACGCGUCCAAGAACAUGGACCAGUAUCGAGACUUGGUCAAGCAGGGCGUGCUCAAAUCCGAGAACAGCGAGCUUCAGUACGACAAGAAGAGGUUCGGCAAGAUGUCUGCCAGCGCGGGGCAGCCGCAGCUGGCCGGCCACAAAGCCGGGGCUGCCGAUUGGGACAAGGCCCCCUACGACAAGCUCGACAGGGACAAGCCGACGUGGGAGUACGCCCACGAGUUUAUGGAAUCUAUCGGCGCGGGCCAGGGUUGGUCCGACAAGUUUCCGCUCUUCCAGAACCCGGAGCACGAGGCCAAGAUAAAGGCGGAUCAAAAGGCGAAGCAAGAGAGGCAGCAACAACAAGAGCAGCCAGCACUGAGCACAUCAGAAGACGUCGCCCCCGUCGAACAAGAGUCCUCGACGGGCAUGGGCCUCGGCGAGUUCCUAUACGACAUAUCGCCCGCGAAGCCCUUUGGCGACCUAGUCGAAGCCAUUCGAACCGACGAGCCCGUUUCGGCCGGGGAGUGGCUCGGGAUCCUCGGCGACAUCGGCCUCGAGGUGCUAGCCUGGACGCCGACGCCGGCCGCUGUCGGGGUCCGCGCGCUGAGGUUUGCCAGGACCGGAUACAAGGCCUCGCAGGCCAUCAAAAGGGGCGUGGAUGUGGCCAGGUCGGCCACCAGGGUGGUCAAGGAGGCCCGCCGCAUCUCGGCCCGCCUCGACGCCAAGCUGGAGACGGUCGAGGUCAAGGUCCCGACGUCACCGUCGACGCCGCCCGUCACGCAGCCCGUCGCCAGGAUUGCCAAGAUCGCCGACAAGGUCAAGGUGCCCAAGACGGCCGCGCCGGCGUCGGCCGAGGGCGCUUCGGGCUCGGGGCUCAGCCCCAAGAAAAUGGACCAGCUGCUGGAAGAGCUCCAGAAUCUCCACGUCCACGACGAGCCCAUUGUGCCCGUCAUGAUGGAAGUCGUUAAGAAUGCAGGCAAGAGGGUCAAGUUGCCUAAGCAGCCGGUGCCCAUGCUUGCCGAGCGCAGCGCCCUGGGCUCAGCUGGCCAGUCUCUGGCCGACCGGCUGCAAGAGUGGGCGGCGACCAAGGAACGUGGUGAAAAGGCUCCCCUGAAACUCCUUCUCGACAUUAUCGAGGGAGUCAACAAGAAGCUGGGCGCUGGCGAGGGAGAGCAGGAAUCCUUUCUAGACAACGACUUGCUCUGGGGCAUGUUCGAAGCCAAGUUCAACAACAUGACUCUGGAGGCAGAGCGAGAGCCCAGACACUCGGUUACCAUGGUGGGAUGA